GUAUUACCAGUUGGCUCAGCCCAGUUUGCUCCCCACCUGUGAAAGGCCCACAAAGUAAACAAUGCUGCUGUCACCAUGUAAACGAUGACUCUGUCAAAACACCACCUCAUCAGAUACAGUACACACCCACUUUACCUCCCCACCCACAAACUUUUAAGAGAGGCACACCUUUCCUCCCAGGUGAGUCUGUCAGCAGAGACCUGGCCCUCCUGGAAGGAGGAGAAGCUCAGACUGAGAUGGAUUCCUCGCUCUCCACAGGUGGAGCAGAGCCUGCAGCCGAUGCAGAUCUAAGCGGCAGGCAGCAGACAGAGGGGCAGCUUGGACAGCCCAAAGCAAUCCAAGAUGAUCCCGAGAUGUAUACCAUGGACAGCUCUACAGACAGUGAUGAUGAGGCUAUCGACAAGAAAACAAAGAAGAAAAAGAAGCUGAAGAAAAAGAAGAAGAAGAAGGACUCCAGUUCAUCAUCUUCAUCAUCAUCCUCGUCAUCAUCGUCGUCGUCUUCUUCUUCUUCCUCCUCCUCCUCUUCAUCUUCUUCUUCCUCCUCCAGUAGCUCCUCAGACAGUGAUAGUGAGGAUGACAAGAAGAAAAAGAAGAAGAAGAAGCAGGAAAAGAAGAAAAAGGAUGAGAUGAAAAACUAUGUCUGGGACAGCGUUGUCGUCUGUCAGGAAGGUCCUGAGGGCCUGGAGGAGGAGCUUGACAUAGAAGCCAUGAAGAUACAAGUGGAAUACGACUCAUCAGAUGAGGAGCAUGAAAAGAAGAAGGAGAAAAAGAAGAAGAAGAAAAAGGACAAGAAAAAGAAAAAAAAGAAGAAGAAGGAUUCCUCUUCCUCCUCAUCUGACAGCUCAUCAGACAGCGAAGAUGAUAAGAAAAAGAAAAAGAAAAAGAAGAAGAAGACAAAGAAAAAGAAGAAGAAGAAGGACUCCAGUUCUUCUGAUAGCUCCUCUUCUUCCUCUGACAGUGAUGAUGACAAGAAAAAGAAGAAGAAGAAGAAAAAGGACAAGAAGAAGAAGAAAAAAAAGGACAAGAAAAAGAAGAAGAAGAAGAAGAAAAAGGGAAAAAAGAAGAAGGAUAAGGAUUCAAGCUCAUCCUCUUCAUCAUCUUCGUCCUCGUCUUCGGAUAGCGAGGAUGACAAGAAAAAAAAGAAGAAGAAGAAGACAAAGAAGCUGUCUUUUGUCCUCGAGCUCACUCAGCCACCAAGCUCCUCUGAUGAGAGUUCAUCCUCUUCCUCUGAUAGCGACGGUGACAAGAAAAAGAAGAAAAAGAAAAAGGACAAGAAGAAGAAGAAAAAGAAGGAUUCUUCUUCUUCCUCCUCUUCCUCCAGUGAUUCUUCUAGUGAUGGCGAAAAGAAAAAGAAGAAGAAGAAAAAGGACAAGAAGAAGAAGAAAAAGAAAGAUAAGAAAAAGGACUCAGACUCCUCUGGCAGCGAUGAUGACAAGAAGAAGAAAAAGAAGAAGAAAGACAAAAAGAAGAAGAAGGACUCCAGCUCAUCGGACAGCGACAAGGAGAAUAAAGAGAAGAAGAAGAAGAAGAAGGAUAGCCCAGAGGGAGAGCCAAGCGGUGAGCCUAAACCAGAGGCUACAGACGUAGACAGCAGCAAACCUUCUGCCUCCAGCGGGGGUAGUUCUGUUCAGAGCGGCGCCGGCUCCUCAUCCUUUGUGUCUGCGUCCUCCACCGUGAAGACAGACCCUCCGAAUCCUUCAACCACCUACAAGUCGCCUACUUCCUCCAGCGGAGGUAGCUCUGUUCAGAGCGGCGCCGGCUCCUCAUCCUUUGUGUCUCCGUCCUCCACCGUGAAGACAGACCCUCCAAAUCCUUCAACCACCUACAAGUCGCCUACUUCCUCCAGCGGAGGUAGCUCUGUUCAGAGCGGCGCCGGUCCCUCACCCUCUGUGUCUCUGUCCUCCACCGUGAAGACAGACCCUCCGAAUCCUUCAACCACCUAUAAGUCAUCCUACACCAGCUCAAACUGGAGCGCAGGAGACAGGGCUGCAGCUCAAAGGCCCAAAAGCGCCAUGGAGUCCUUGAUGGGGAAUCCCAGGAGAUAUGGAGAUGGAACAACGAGAACCUCCACCACUCUGUCCUCAAGUGACCUCCUGAAAGGCCCCAAACCUUACCAACCGUGACACCAUACGACAGAAUGUAAACGUUACUGAUACAAAAUAAAAAAAAUAAAAAAAAUAUGGCUGACGUUCGCAGACGAGUGAAACUAGAUUGAUGCUAAAGAUUCUACUGAUUGCUUUUUAGUUCUGGAUUCAAACAUGAUGAUUGACCAUGCAAAUAAAUAAAACUGUUUCUGUUAUGUUGGCUUGUUUAGAGUUAGCAAAAUUCAGAGAUUGUUUCUUUUUGGGUUUCUUGAGUGUCAAAAUGGGGGAAAAGGCCAAAUUGUGCAGCAAAUUUGUCAAAGGGAUUAAACAACUGCAAAUGUUUGCUUUGAGUAAUAAAACUGUGAUGACAUUA